AUGAAUGUCUUGGUAACUCCUCCAUCCAGACCUCCCUGCAACCAACAAUACCUAAAUGCGGGUUUAUUACGAGGAAAAACACCGAGUGAGGUAGCCUUAAUUAUCCGCAAGCCCAGAGAACCAUGUGUUGAUUCCUCUGAAUCGUCGUCUUCAUCAUCUGCUGUUAUAUCUACAACCCCAAGCGAUGAAGAAAAAGUCGCGGAACAUGAAGAAAUUCCUUUAGGAGGUGAAUAUGCUGCUUAUGAUGAUAAGGAGAAUGGGGAUCAAGGUAACAGUGGUGAUGGAGGGAAUGGUGGUGAUGGUGGUGAUGGAGGGAAUGGUGGUAAUCGUGGUAAUGAGGUGGCAGAGAUUGAGGAAGAGGGGGAUCAAGGUAAUGAUGACGAUGCAGAUGGGGAUGCAAAUGGUAGUGGUAGCGGUGAUGAAGAGGGGGAGGAGGAGAAUGGAUCAUAA